AACUUGGACAAUGACACAAAUAAGAACAGUAAAUGGAAUGUAAUUAUUAAUGAAAAAUUAUUCACUUGAUGUUGAUUUUUCGUUUGCGAAAUAUGUUUUUAAUAGCUACAGUAUUUGGUGUAAUUAGUUUGACCUGGACUCAGUGUGGCGCUGCCUCGGGUCCAAUGUGCAUGGACUGUUUGAGACUACCUUCCCCUAGCGACUGUAACCACGUAGUCCAGUGUACAGAGCACGAGGUUUGUCACGUGACCCAAAUCGUUUCCGAUGGAGGACAUCUGUUCUAUGAUACUGGCUGCCAGGCUACGUCUCGAUGCCCGAACAGGCAGAGAUCAAUCGAGGCUCACAUCUCCAAAGUCACUCGGCGAACCAAUGGGGACGUCGAGACGUGCAUUGAGUGUUGCCAAGGCGACUAUUGCAACCUCCAGGGAUGCGGAUCACAACCUAUACCAGACGUCACACUCCGUGGACCGAUUUGCUUUAAAUGUGACGUACAGGAAACACUUGACUCCUGUGAGACAGUGGUCAACUGUGGAUCGGGCAACGAAUGCUUCCUGUCUACCGUAGUCACUCCUCUUACCAACGCAGAGAAGUACACGAGUAAAUGCAUGGCCAAAGGAGCAUGCGAUACACUACGAAGCUCUGGACUAUUUGGGAGGAGAAGCAAUGGGUGUGUUGGCUGCUGUAAGGAAGACUUCUGUAACACCGAUUGCUCUCGAGCACAAUCGGUGGUCACCAAAUUCACAUCUGCAACCAAAGCUUCAAGCACUUCAACCAGGCAUCCAACAGCACAUCCCACAACAACCCAUUUGCAUGUGCCAUCCACCACGAGGGCAACCACAACCACUAUCGCCCCUACAACAACCCGCCGAUUAUCACAAGAAGAGGUUUGCAGAAAAGCUGGUUACAGCUACAUCAACGUUACCCAUUCCGCAAAAUUGUAUCACUAUUGCGUGCGCGUGCGAAGUGACGUCACUUUGUCAUGGCAUCAGGCGCAGAGCACUUGCAAACACGAUGGUGGCAAUCUCGUUGUGUUCCAUGACAAAGACGAGGGUAAAUUCUUCGACAGAUGGCUCCAGUCCCUGAACUCCGUUGACAAACUCGGAAUUCGCUAUUGGGUGGGGGCCACGGACGAGGGCAGCGAAGGCUACUGGACCUGGGUGGAUGGCGUAGAAAUUCCGCCCAGCAGCUAUGCGGACUACUUCUGGCAGGGCGAACCAAAUGAUGCAGGAUGGCCAAACGAGAUACACGAGAAUUGCGCGGCGGCCAACUACAAUUGGAUACAGGUGGUCGUGGCUUUGAACGACGUUCAUUGCGAAACUUUGUCGAAUUUCAUUUGCGAAAUAAAGCUUUAAGCAGGCACUUGAAUGUGUCGGUAUGUUU